AUGUCAAGUACCGAAAGUAAAGCAUUUAAAUUUUACGGCUUCUUUUUCAAAUGGAUUGACCCUGUUAUUGCUCUCGGAGGAGCAUGCCUGAACUUCAUUGAUCCGAUCGGCGCAGUGACCUCAAUGGCCCCCAACUCAAAAUACGACCCGGAUCAAGUCUUUCUCUUUUAUCAGAGCGGCGGUCUUGCAUUGGCCGUUGCUUUUCUAUCCGCUGCUAUUCCCCGAUACUCGAAAGAUAUUGCGGUAUGGAGAAUCUUACAGUUUUCACUGCUGCUGUCCGACCUGGCAGGUGUAAGCGGAGUGGGCAUUGCCAUGGCCCGUCAAGGAAGACUUGGAGGAACCUGGACUUCGGAUGAUUGGGGUUGUGGUGGAUCGUAUAUCUUCUUGACUUUAGUGAGACUGCACUUUUUGGCUAUUAGCAAUGGAAUUACUGGCAUGAGCGAUACUCAGGUAGUUAAGAAGCAGAUUUAG